CAUUGUAGCAUAUGUGUCGUUUUCACUGUCGUCCGCAAUGGGUUACUGCGUGCAACGUAGGACAAGCAAGAGACCUGCCUCGACCUCGGCUCACCCAAGCUUCAGAUUGAGGGCCUGAGGCCAUUACGAAGUCGAAGGCAUCGGCUUUGCAUAUGCGCAUCUAUAAACUGCAUGUCACCCGGCGCGAUAUAGUAGACGCCAAGCAUGGCGCAGAAACGGAUAGAGCAGUGGGAAAUCGACCGGUAUUGGGAAAUCUUCUCGUCUCUUGCCAAUGGCGGAGCACAUCUGGACGGCAGCCAAGCGGCCACUGUUCUCAAGAACAGCGGCCUACGCGAUGAUCAGCUGGAGAAGAUCUGGGAUCUCGCAGACAUGGACGGCGACGGCCAGCUAGACUUUGAGGAGUUCUGCGUGGCGCUACGGCUGAGUUACGACCUGAUGAACGGAGAGUAUCUGGAUGUACCACAGUCGCUGCCGGAUUGGUUAGUGCCGGAGAGCAAAAGCCACUUGGUACAGGCUUCGCGGGCGGUGAGAGGUGGUGGCGAAAGGUUCGAGCAGGUGCAGGAUGACUAUGAUGACGAGGGAAGUGGCCUCAAGGACGGCUUCGAUUGGUAUAUGAGUCCGAGCGACCGAUCAAAGUACGAGGAAAUCUAUACUGCCAAUCGGAACUCUCGGGAUGGUAUGAUCACUUUUGGGGCUCUACAGGAUCUCUACGACAGUCUAGAUGUACCAGACACCGAUGUGCGUUCAGCAUGGAACCUGGUUAACCCCAAGAGUGGAGAAGGCAUUAACAAGGACGCCUGCUUGGCGUUUUUGCAUAUUCUCAACAAUCGUCACGAAGGCUACCGAAUACCGCGAUCGGUACCGCCCAGCUUACGAGCAACGUUCGAGCAAGGCAAGAUCGAGUACAGCGUCGACCGCGUCCAGUCGGCUGCGGAUCGAUGGGGCACAAAGCGCGACGACAACACUGUUUCAGGGCGGAAGGCGAAGUUUGGUGAUACCUAUCUCAGCAGGUUAGGCGUUGGUGAGCGACAGCCGAAAGGCACAGACUUCUCUUCGGCGCCUAGAGAUGGCGAGUGGGAGGAGGUGCGGCUCAAGAAGCAACUGCGGGAGCUUGAGGAGAAGAUGGCAAAGGUAGAGACGGCCGCAAAGCGGCGGAGAGAGCGAGGUGGUCGAAAAGAAGAUUCGAGGCCGGCAUUGGUCAAGCGCGAGUUAGAGCAGCUUCUUGACUACAAGCGUCGAGAACUGCGUGACCUUGAGAACGGUGACAGCAAAGCGCAGGGAGGCCAGUCACUCAAGCACUUCCAGGACGAUAUUGCCACUGUGAAGGAGCAGAUUGAUGGCUUACAAGAGCAUCUCAGGAAGCGAGAAGCAGUGCUGCAAGAUCUGCGAAGCCAGAUUGAGGCCGAAAAGGCUGGUGGGCGGUAAUAUUCUCGUGCAUAGAUACCCCGUCGUUGCAGACUCUGUACAAUA